AUGAAUUUGACAAGUGUGUUGUGCGAAAGCGAAAGAGAAUUUUAAUUUUGUUAGUGUAAGAAAUUACAGGAAGCAAAAACAAGGGAAUUGGUUUACUUCAUUGUUGAAAGUUUAAUAUUAUCUGUGAAUAUUUCACUAUCAAGAUGACAUCAGGACCAUACAACUACUCUUAUAUCUUUAAAUAUAUCAUCAUUGGUGAUAUGGGGGUGGGCAAGUCAUGUCUCCUACACCAGUUCACAGAAAAAAAAUUCAUGGCUGAUUGCCCUCAUACAAUUGGUGUUGAGUUUGGGACUCGUAUCAUUGAAGUUGCAGGGCAAAAGAUCAAACUACAAAUUUGGGAUACCGCUGGACAAGAAAGGUUCAGAGCUGUAACUCGUUCUUAUUACAGAGGUGCAGCUGGGGCACUCAUGGUAUAUGACAUCACAAGGAGAUCCACUUACAACCACCUCAGCAGCUGGUUGACUGACACCCGUAAUUUGACCAAUCCCAGCACUGUGAUAUUCCUGAUUGGCAAUAAGUCAGACCUGGAUGGCCAAAGAGAUGUAACAUAUGAAGAAGCUAAGCAGUUUGCUGAUGAGAAUGGUUUAAUGUUUGUUGAAGCUAGCGCUAAAACAGGCCAAAAUGUAGAAGAAGCUUUUCUGGAAACAGCUAAAAAAAUAUAUCAAAGUAUUCAAGAUGGACGGUUGGAUUUGAAUGCUGCCGAGUCUGGGGUGCAGCACAAACCAGCGUCGCCAGGCCGUCCGCUGUCCGCGCCGCCUGCCUCGCGCGAUAACUGCGCCUGCUAACCAGCCUGUAACCAGGCCCACCAAGCAUACAGCCAGGAGAUGACGGGUCUCCACCACUAUCCUCACUUCUCUCAACAGAGAAUGAUCGAGAUGCUUAGCGUUACAGCUGAAUGCCAUUCAAACUAAUGUACGGCUAUCAUGAUUACGAUCCGUCAGAACAAAAUACCUGGCAAUGUGCAACUAAAUUUAAUUUUGUUUGGGGAAAUCAUACUUAAUCAUUAAGAAUCGUUAUGUUAGAAAUAAAUCACAAUUAUCAUGAAUCCCAUUAUGUUUGACGUAUUUUGUAUAAGUACAUUCCACAAGAAAAAGUAAAUGGUUUUGCGGUGAUGAUAAUGUAUAGAUAAUAAUUAAUAGUUUGGUCAUUCAAUAUCAGCUAAGGUUUUCACUGACUGUUUGUUUUGGAACUUUCUACCAAAGAAAGUUUUACAGGAAAAAUAAAUCCUAAUUGCACUCUCAUGAAAUUAUGGCUAAGAAGUAUUUUGAUUUGACAUUUAUUUCUAAGAUUAAUUUGUAUGAGAUUAAAUAGAGUAUGAUUAAACAUGUUGUCAUACUUUACCCUUCAUGUCUAACCAACUCUACAAAAUUCAAGGAAAUGUAUAUAAUAUGUAUUGAAAAUUUACACUAUUUGACCAUUUGUUUACUGUCAUAAAAGCUUAUAUUUAGAGAUUUCACAAAUGAAAACAUUAUAUAAAGCAGCAAUUCUCUUUUACUAAGUGUAAGUAAUUUUACGUCUGAUCUAAGUUCAAUACCAUACAAUAGAUCAGGCAAGGUAUAAUUUAAACAAUUAAAAGCAAAGAGUAUUAAUAAUAUGUAGGUUUUAUUGAGUACAUAAAGUAAAUAUUUUAUAAAAAAACCUCAGUACAUUGUAUAAUGAUCAAUGUAAUAACAAGUCUUUGUGAUCUAAAUUACAUUAAUAAACAAGAACAGCCAUAAAUUAAUAAUAGAGUUGACCAUCCGACCUGAUUAAGGGGUAUAGAUAAAUAUACAUAUUUAUUUUAUAAGAAUAAUUAUUUGUAAAUUCAUAUCUCUAAAAACUUUAUGUAGUAAAAUAUCGUAUUUUAUAUUGUAUAACGUGUUAAUAAACGAUUGUACAGUGUAUGCUA